CCCUCUCUUAUCCUCCCUUUCUUUCUCUUUCCCUCCCACCCUCCAUCCUCGAAUCAAGCAUCACUUGCUUCCAAAUUGGCUUGUCAUUUUCUCUCGGCGCUCGUUCCCUGGCUGUCGGGUCGCAUGGACGAUCUAGCGAUGGACUGGCGCUGAUGCCAUCGCUGGACCCACUCUGCGCAUCUUCCUCUCAUUCCAGAAAAACACUGAUCGGGAUACAACACAGGGCUCUGAUCCCCCGCGUCCACCAUAGAUCCAUUGGGUUUGGGGGAGGAAGGAUACUCGAUAUAUCCUGCUCCGCGUCGUGGUUCUUCAGGAGGCUUCGAGCCUCAUAAAGGCGCAUCUGGGAACGGAGGCUCAAACCAUCAUCUGCGUGCUUUAUUCACACACGGACACGCUGUCACGGGAAUUAAAGAGCAUUCUGAGAUCUCACACAGCCCGAUGCUGUUGAACACAUCCGGAGCUGACUAUUAUUCCAGUGCUUUAUAAGAUGCGGUACUCGCGUCAGAGAGGAACUCCAUGGCUAAUGUAAGACGCUUCUUCAGCGAGUCAGUGCAGAGGUCAUCAGGGUCAUCGGCGGUCAUGUGGUCCACACGCCUACUUUUCUUCUUCACCCUCUUCACACCAGUCACGCUCGUUUUAAGUCGUGCUCCAGUGCCGAUGGCUGUGGUGCGUCGAGAGCUGUCGUGUGAGGGUUAUCCGAUCGAACUGCGCUGCCCGGGCACCGAUGUCAUUAUGAUCGAGAGUGCCAAUUAUGGGCGCACAGAUGACAAGAUCUGUGACUCAGACCCUGCUCAAAUGGAGAACACUCGCUGCUAUCUGCCUGAUGCCUACAAGAUUAUGAGCCUCAGGUGUAACAACCGAACUCAGUGUGCGGUCAUUGCUGGCCCUGAUGUUUUUCCUGACCCGUGUCCUGGAACGUACAAAUACCUUGAGGUUCAGUACGAAUGUGUGCCAUACAAAGUGGAACAGAGAGUCUUUCUCUGUCCAGGUGUAUUGAGAGGUGUGUAUCAGAGUGAGCACCUCUUUGAGUCGGACCACCAGUCUGGUUCAUGGUGUAAAGACCCGCUACAGUCAUCCAACAAGAUCUACUAUAUGCCCUGGACACCUUACCGCACAGAUACACUGACCGAGUAUUCAUCCAAGGAGGACUUUAUUGCGGGUCGUCCUACCACGACAUACAAACUGCCCCAUCGUGUGGACGGCACUGGCUUUGUGGUGUAUGACGGCGCGCUUUUCUUCAACAAGGAACGUACACGCAACAUUGUUAAAUUCGACUUGAGAACUCGUAUCAAGAGCGGCGAGGCAAUUAUCGCUAACGCUAAUUACCACGACACCUCGCCGUAUCGCUGGGGUGGGAAAUCUGACAUCGAUCUGGCAGUGGAUGAAAACGGACUGUGGGUAAUUUACGCCACCGAACAGAACAACGGACGAAUUGUGGUCAGUCAGCUGAACCCUUACACGCUCCGAGUGGAGGGCUCAUGGGAUACAACAUACGAUAAGCGAUCGGCCUCCAAUGCCUUUAUGAUCUGCGGAAUCCUGUACGUAGUGAAGAGCGUUUAUGAAGAUGACGAUAAUGAAGCGUUGGGGAAUAAAAUUGACUACAUGUACAACACCGAGAAGAGCCGUGAAACGCAACUCAGCAUUCCAUUCCCAAAUUCAUACCAGUACAUCGCAGCUGUGGACUACAACCCUCGAGACAAUUUGCUGUACGUGUGGAACAACUACCAUGUUGUCAUAUAUUCUCUCGACUUCGGAAACAAUGACAACAGAUUGGGCUUUGAUCCUCCUUCUUCAGUCUUGCUUCCUGAUGCACUUCCUCCAGCACGCAGCUCCACGACUCCUCCACGCCCAUAUACGGGCACGCUCCGCCCCUCCCUCACUACUACCAGGACAACCACCAUGGCUCCGCCUCGCCGUCAUAACAACAUCCUCCCAGAAGCCCUGACACGGUCGCCUCCAUCCCUGCAGACUCCAGUCACUGUUGACUAUUGCGCCCCACGUCUCACUGCUGAAAUCUCCUGGCCACGGACACACCAGGGACAGGUUGCUAAGCAACCGUGCCCACCUGGCACCAUAGGUGUAGCCACGUUUAAUUGUUUGCUUGGCUACUGGGAUCCGAAGGGACCAGAUCUGAGCAACUGCACCUCACCAUGGACCAAUCACAUCACUCAGAGACUCCAGAAGAGAGAGCGAUCGUGCCGUUUCUUCAUACAGGCCAUGGUCGAAACGGUGAAUAACCUUCUGCAGGUGCGAUCCCAGGCGGCGUGGAGGGAGCUGUCUGUGGCCGAGCAGCUGCGAUGCGCAACCAUGCUGCUGGACACGGUGGAGACGGGCGCCUUCAUGCUCGCAGACAACCUCCUCAAAACCGACACUAUACAGGAGAGCACCGACAACAUACAACUGGAGGUGGCACGUUUGAGUACAGAUGUUAAUCUGGCUGAUCUGAUUUUCCCUCAAUCUGGACAAACCGGCAACUCCAUUCAUCUCUCCGCCAACACACUCAAACAGCAAGGACGCAAUGGUGAGAUCCGCUUGGCGCUUGUUCUCUAUAAGAACCUCGGUCAAUACCUGUCCACGGAGAACGCUAGCGUGCGUCUGGGCAGUGAAGCGGCCUAUCCAAACUAUUCCCUGAUCGUCAACUCACCUGUUAUUACAGCAGCUAUUAAUAAAGACAGUAACAAGGUCUACCUGUCUGAACCUGUGGCCUUCACUGUUAAACACAUACAGCAGUCGGAAGAGAACUUCAAUCCGAACUGCUCUUUUUGGAGUUACUCCAAACGCACCAUGACCGGAUACUGGUCCACUCAGGACUGCAGGCUACUAGGCACCAACCGCACUCACACCUCCUGUUCCUGCACACACCUCACCAACUUCGCAGUGCUUAUGGCCCACGUGGAGGUCAAGAACGCAGACCAGGUGCAUGAGCUGCUGUUGGACGUCAUAACGUGGGUGGGGAUCCUGCUGUCUCUGGUCUGUCUGCUCAUCUGCAUCUUCACCUUCUGUUUCUUCCGCGGUCUCCAAAGCGACAGGAACACCAUCCACAAGAACCUCUGCAUCUCCCUCUUUAUCGCCGAAACACUCUUCCUCACCGGGAUCAACCGUGCAGACCAGCCUAUCGUCUGUGCGGUGUUUGCGGCCCUGCUGCAUUUCUUCUUCUUGGCCGCGUUUACAUGGAUGUUUCUGGAAGGCGUGCAGCUGUACAUCAUGCUGGUGGAAGUGUUCGAGAGCGAGUACUCUCGCACCAAGUACUUCUAUCUCAGCGGAUACGGCGUGCCUGCUGUUAUAGUGGCCGUGUCUGCCGCCGUGGACUAUCACAGCUAUGGAACCGAAAGAGUGUGCUGGCUCAGGUUAGAUACUUACUUUAUCUGGAGUUUCAUUGGGCCUGCUACUCUCAUCAUCAUGCUAAAUGUUAUUUUCCUGGGCAUUGCACUAUAUAAGAUGUUUCACCACACAGCGAUACUCAAGCCUGACUCCGGUUGCCUGGACAACAUCAAUGCAUAUGUGUCUUUGCAGGUGCGUAAGGAAUACGGCCGAUGCCUCCGCACACACUGCUGCAGCGGGAAGAGUGUUGAGUCGACCAUCUCCACUUCAACAAAGACCAGUACAGCCCGCACACCUGGACGCUAUUCCACCAACUCACAGAGUCGUAUUCGUAGGAUGUGGAAUGACACAGUCAGGAAGCAGUCGGAGUCAUCUUUCAUCACCGCUGAUAUGAACAGCUCAGCGACUCUCAACAGAGGUACCAUGGCUAACCAUCUCAUCUCCAAUGCUUUGUUACGUCCUCAUGGCACUAAUCCUUAUAACACACUGCUGGGAGAGUCUGCUGUGUACAAUAACCCUACUGCCAACAUGUUCAACACGCAAGCCUCCUACAGAGAUUCAAAAGGCAUUCUCAACAACGCGCGGGACUCCAGUGUCAUGGAUACGCUGCCGCUUAAUGGUAACCAUGGCAACAGCUACGGCGUGGCAGCAGGCGAUUACCUCACCUACAGCUCUCGUGGCAACGAGCCGCCAACUACGCUAGAGAAAAAGAUCUUGAAAGAGCUGACGGCGAACUACACUCCGUCGUACCUCAACACUCAGGAGCGACAGGGAAAAGCCAUCCAGGGGACCCUGACUAAUAAACUCAACAACCACCUGGCCAACGGAGGGGUCGCGGGGUCAUCGUCCAUCACCAAAGACGACGUCAUGGUGCUCGACAACCCCGGGGCGUUUCACCGACACGACGACGGCGGCGGGCUAAGUCUGGAGCUCAUUAGGGAGGAGUCACAAGCGCCGCUCCUCCCACCCAGACCACCCCCUCUGGAAAACCACGCCCCCAUGCACACAUUUUCGGCCCACCGUCACCUGCCGCAGGAGAACAGCGAGAGCUUCUUCCCACUGCUCCCCAACGACACGCACUCGUCGCACACGCACACUCCCCACGCGCACACGCACUCCCCCCUCAGAGACUCGCUCUAUACCAGCAUGCCCACGCUCACCGACCUCCCGCAUGGCACCGACGACCUCAUCAACGGUCUCCAUGAGGAUGAAGACGAUGAGGAUGACAAUGGCGAGGAGGAGGAAGAGGGCAGCGAAUUGCACUUGGCCAACGGCGAAGGGGUCAUCAUGGAGACGGACGACGUGUACUACAAAAGCAUGCCGAACCUGGGCUCCAGGACCCACAUACAUGAACUAGAGAGCUACUAUCAGAUGGGACGCGGUGGCAGUGAUGGGUUCAUCGCCCCGCCUGAGAAAGAAGACUCGUCGCCUGAAGAACAGCCACCGGACCCCUCACAGCUGGUCACCAGCCUAUAGACACACACACGCACACACACAUUCCCACUCAGUGCGCACGUGCGCGCGCGUGUGUGUGUGUGUGUGUGACACAAUGCACAAGGCGUGGGAUACACUACCUACUGCACUGAUAGAGAGACUGAUUCCAGAUAGACCCCCGAUUCCAGUACAUACAAGUAUCCUGUCACCAAAAUCCUGCUCCAGUUAGAACCAGUAACCAGAACUAGUAACCCAUUCCUACGCUAGAACAAGGACUACCGCGUGUAAGUAGAUCUUGUGGACUUUUUUCUCAUCAAUCUGCUGAGAAAAACUCUUGCGGAUUGUCAAUUUGGAGAUGUGGACGAACUUUUGCUCCAUUUGCAUAGCCCUCCUCGACGAAAACCUUCAUCCAAUGGCUGUCCGGUUCUCCUCCAAACUCACCACGGAUUGUGGCGAAGAGACUGUGGAAAACUAGCUGCCGUUUAUGACGACCGUGUAUGAUAAUGAGACCACCGACCGUCGUACUGAACUGCAUUACCCACAACUCUCUAGACUCCUCUAUGAUUCUCUGCUGCACACAUUCCUUCUCGUUUAGCACCAAUCUCGUUUCCGAGCGUGAAAUCACAAAAGGCACAUCUGUUCUUAAAGACUGAGGACGCUUCUUGUUUUUUUACGUUUAUUUUUCUGUAAUAAUCUCAGUUACGGGAAAGGUAAUCUUCACUAUUUACAAAGAAAUGGAACUGUUUUCCAUGUAAAAUGUACAGAUUCCCGAUAUUGCAUAUGAUCCUAUGCGUUUCAUGUUUUUUGACCUAUUUUGCCCCUUGUAUGUGUUUUUGUAGACUAGACCAAUCCACAAUGCUGUGUUGGUCCUCCAAAAUACUAUCCCUUAUAACGCACAGCACACACGCGCACACAUAUCUACAUACACACGCAUACACACUCUCGUUUGGAAGGAUGUCCAUGG